GCGCGGGUGAUGUGGCAGUGCGCCGCGGAGCUGAGGAUGGGAUGGGAUGGCAUGGGAUGGGAUUUGGGAACUUGGAGAAGGAAGGAAGCCAGAGUUAGCGGAGGACUGGGUCGCAGCGGGAGCGGGACAGGGGAGGGCCACAGAGCGCCGCCUCUUCGAAAACCUGGAAAUCUGAAGGUUUACCAGACCCCGGCGGUGCCGAGGUGGGGGAGGGCGAAGUAAAGGCGUUUGUCCAGGUUAAAUGCCCCCCAGCUACCCGACACACACCUUCGCCUCCAAUCCCGAAAAGUCCUGGCAUCAGACGAAAGUGGCAAAGAGGCUGGGCAAAAGUGAAGAAGUAGAGGCGUGGAGACACGGUGAGAUUCUUUCAGACUGUGGAAGGCCGCAAGAAAAAAGACAAGGGCACAGCCACUCCCACAGAAUGCCGGAGGGCCCUGAGCUGCAUCUGGCCAGUCACUUUGUGAAUGAAGCAUGCAGAGGGCUGGUGUUUGGUGGGUGUGUGGAGAAGUCUUCUGUCAGCCGCAACCCUGAGGUGCCCUUUGAGAGCAGUGCCUACCAUAUCUCCGCCUCAGCCCGGGGCAAAGAGCUGCGCCUGACACUGAGUCCCCUGCCUGGGGCCCAGCCCCCACAGGAGCCACUGGCCCUCGUCUUCCGCUUUGGCAUGUCUGGCUCCUUCCAGUUGGCACCUGCUGAUGCACUGCCACCCCAUGCUCAUCUGCGCUUUUACACAGCUCCACCUGCUCCGAGGUUGGCUCUGUGCUUCGUGGAUAUCCGCCGAUUUGGCCACUGGGACCCUGGGGGCAAGUGGCAGCCAGGUCGUGGGCCCUGUGUCUUGCUGGAAUAUGAACAGUUCAGGGAGAAUGUGCUACGAAACCUAUCAGACAAGGCCUUUGACCGGCCCAUCUGCGAGGCCCUCCUGGACCAGAGGUUCUUCAAUGGCAUUGGCAACUAUCUGCGGGCAGAGAUCCUAUACCGGCUGAGGAUCCCUCCCUUUGAGAAGGCCCGCACUGUGCUAGAGGCCCUGCAGCACCACCGGCCGAGUCCAGAGAUGACCCUGAGCCAGAAGAUCAGGGCCAAGCUGCAAAACCCAGACCUGCUGGAACUGUGCCACUCAGUGCCAAAGGAAGUUGUUCAGCUGGGGGGCAAAGGCUACGGGCCAGAGCACGGGGAAGAAGACUUUGCUGCCUUUCGAGCCUGGCUGAGGUGCUAUGGCAUGCCAGGCAUGAGUUCUCUGCGGGAUCGGCAUGGCCGUACCAUCUGGUUCCAGGGUGAUCCUGGGCCUCUGGCACCCAAAGGGAGCAAAUCCCAAAAAAAGAAAUCUCAGGAAACACAGCUUCGGCCCAAGGAAAAAUUGGAGGACCUUCCACCUCCAAACAAGGCCCCUUCCAGAACACCAAGGGCUAGGAGACACCUUCCCAAGAAGACUGCAAUACAGCAGCCUGAGGAGACCAGCCUCCAACAGGACUUGAAAGCUCCCACAGUCCCUGAGAAAGGGAGGAGGAAGGGGAAACAGGCAACCACAGGUGGACUUUCUUCAGCAUCCUCUGAGGAGGGAAGGGGGCCCCUAGAAAGUGUCUCUUCAGGAUCCAAUGGGAUGAGCGCCGUGGACCCUGGAAAAAUAAGGCUGACAAUCCAUCCAAGGGAUCUGGGAGAACCUCAGCCUCUUAGCAAGAGACUUGUGUUGCUUGCAUCACCCUUUCCUUGCCAAUAAUCCGGAGGCCCAUCUGAAUUCCUAAGUAUUUUAAGGGCUUUAUGUCUCAAGCCUAUGGCUGUUCCCUACAUAACUGAUAUUUUUCAUUGUACCUCACCUUCCACAUUUAAUUUUUUUUUUGUUGUUGUUGUAGAUGGACACAAAUAAAUACAUUAUUAUUUUUUUAA